AUGCCUGCUCGCUGCUCUCCCUCUGGCCCAGCACCUCUCGCCUCAAUUACCCACGACCCGUCUCCUGUUCCACCUCGCCGCAUCGACUAUUAUGCCCCUCGCUCAAUCCCCGGCCGCCAUCGCACGUCGCUCGUGAACAGCAGCCAUGGAACUGUCAAGGCAGGAGUAUCCGGCGUUGCUGGAGCGCCGGCGCGUGGAAGAGCUCUACGUCCAGGGCCUGCGGAAGCUCGCACGGCGACCGCAGCUGGAUGGGGGUGCUGCUCUGGGCUGCCAUGGCAGCGGAUCGUGAAUGCUACCGAAUCGCUCGCCGCAUCGCACGAGACCUUUGCGCAGAAGAUGGAGGAGGACGUCGAGAGGCCGUUGAGGGAGUAUGCCACAAAGAACAAGGACCUACAAUCCAUGCCCAGCAUACAGAAUGACUUGGCCGCUCUGUCCAAGACGCUGGAAGCGGCCCAGCGGAAAGUAGACAAGGCCAAGGAGAAGGGCCACAAGGGCGCUGACAAGGUUGCCGCGGCUGUGUCUGCGCUGGAAGAAGCGAGCCAGCAAUGGGAAUCACGGGCACCCUUUGUGUUUGAGCAGCUCCAGGCUAUUGAUGAAAGCCGACUCAAUCACCUGCGAGACGUCCUCACGCAGCUCCAGACGCAUGAGGUCGACCAGAUCGAGCGCAAUCGACAGACGGCAGAGAGCUGUCUGAAUGCCCUUUUGAAUGUGCAAACGGCAGACGAGAUCAAGACGUGGGCUACGAAAAUCAACGGCGGGAGAGAACCUGUGCCGAGAAGGCAAGAAUCAGGGACCGUCAACCCGUCUGAUCUUCCUCCACCGCCACGGCUCCAGGACGAUGCUGCCAGUCAGCAUUCUAACAGGUCCGGUCGUUCCCGAGUGCCUCCUCCAGCUCCGGAACCGAGGCACACGCCCCUUGGUGGGCUGAGACGACUAGGCACGGUGAUGAAUCGGAGAAAGAGCAUCGUCCAAGCUCCCGGCGGCGCAUUUCCCCUGUCCGAGAAAAAGAACCGUUCUCCAUUUCCCUUCCGCAGAAGCGAUUCGUCGCGAGAAGCCCAUACACAGUUGCCAUCUACUCCGCCAGGUCGGGAUACCCCGAGCACUGGGUUUGAUUCCAUAACUACGCCACCAGACACAAGGCACACAGGGGA